UUAGUUACAAAAAGGAAAUGAUGAGAAGGAGGGAGAUGAAGAAAACUGAUGGCGGUCCAAGCCCUCAACCAUUGUCAGAUGUGGAAGAAAGGGUAGCAAGUCUCAUACCCACUUGCCAGUUAGAGGGUAUUGAAGGUGGAAUGGAGUCUGAAUACUUUGAAACAAGUCCAACAGAGUCAUGUGUGACCACUCAGUCUCCACCAGUGACCGAGGUCUCAGUGGACACCGGCAACAAGUGUGUCCCUGAUACCCCAGUGGGAAGCUCUUCAUGUGAAGAUUUGAUAUCAUCAUUGCACAGUGUAAUAUCACCUCCCAACAUUGCAGUAAAGCCACCGUUCAAGCAGACAAAAAGGAAAAAUCAUACUGGCAAGUCAUUAUCAUGCAUCCAUCAAUUUCAUCAUACUGAUCCAAUUUAUGUAAUGUUAUUGAAAAAUGUUUUUCAACGGUAAUUUUAGGAUUUGAUA